UUCGUAUGGUGUCAUAAAAAUAUUUUCUAUAUAGAUGCCAAUGUUCUGAAAGAAUUAACUUUAAAGAUAUAUUUUGAUCUUAUUAAAAUGAAUAAAUAUCUACAAUUGGCGACUGUAGGAACGAAUUAUGCUAAUCGUAUGAAUCGUUUGAGUAAUCGUAUUUUUGGUGAAGUUGUUAGACCAACAAAUCAAAAAUCACUUAAAGUAGUACAACUUUUUAGUGAAAAGCCUGUUCAGAAAAGAAAAGAAAUUGUAGAUUAUUAUCCUCGACAUAGAGAUAUACACAAAUUGAUGUUACAUCUACGCGACUAUGGUUUAUUCAGAGAUGAGCAUGAAGAUUUUAGAGAAGAAUAUGAUCGUCUGAGAGAAUUACGUGGUAAAAAGAAAUGGGUACCACCACCUCUCAGAAAAUAAAACUUUGUUUAGCCAUCCCUUAUAACAUUAAUAAUGUAAACUAUAAAAAAACAAAGUGUAAUCAAAUCUACUAUUUAUAAUUAAAAUAAAUAUAAAACUAUAUUAACUAUAUAUAACAAUUAUAACAUCCAAGAUUUUAAAAACGACAAAUAAAAUCAUCGUUUAUUUAUUAU